AUAAAGUCCUCUUUGUUUUAUUUCACCUUCGGACUUGUCCCGGCUAUACUGGCGACACCCGGAAACCCUGGUAAAUCCUUUAGCGCGAGCGGUUCACAAAAGCGCUGUGGUGUUGUUCCGUUUUACAGCCAAACUGAAAUUUGGAUGAUUCCUUCCGACUCGAGUGGUUGGAUACUGCCGAAAGGUAAAUAUGAAACAAAGGACAGCAGCUGGGAAGCUUGCGCAAGGCGCGAGGCUCAGGAAGAGGGUGGGUUUUACUUCGACAGUCUUGAAUACGUCGGUUCCUUUGGCGACACCGUUUGGUAUAAAGGCACGGUGACACGUAAAAGCGAACCUACGGACGCAAAGAAUCGUAGUAGGGGUCCCGCAGAACAUUUUACAUUCUCCGAAGCAGCUGGUUAUUUGACAGGGUAUGGAGAGAAGAAGGAUUACAUGCUGAGUGCCUUUAAUAAGGCGAUGGAGUAA